AUUCAACCACAUUGAUUUGUUAGCAGCCAAUUACGCCUUACUGGCGAUAUAUUACUUGUUGUGAUGGCUUCUUCUACGGUGGUCGAGUACGAGUUUGGUGGACCCCUAGGAGCCACUGCCAUCACUAUUGGCCUACCUCUACUCCUGACUUUCUUUGCCUUCGGCUGUAACGAUGUAUCGGGCUGUCCUGUACCUUCGCUGUUGAGCCCUCGCACUUUCACUUGGGAGAAAUGGGCCGCGGAGACCGGGUGGCCUGAAGGUGGAAUUUGGGCACUCUUCGACUGGAAAGUGACCGUUGCAGUGCUGGCAUACUAUGUCUUUGUUUUACUCCUCUGGAGACUUCUCCCGGCGCAGAGGGUUCAUGGCACUAAACUGGUCCAUCACGGUCGUCCCCUCGAGUACCGCAUGAAUGCAUUCUCGACCAGCGUUGCCGUUUUCGCUGUUUGCGCAAUUGGCACAUACUUGCAAGGCGCCGAAUUUCCCGUGUGGACGUAUAUCGUGGAUCACUAUGUGCAAAUCUUGACGGCCAAUGUGUUGAUAUCAUUUGCCCUCGCCACCUACCUCUAUAUCAGCAGCUUCAGCGUGGACACCAACUACCCCAAUAAGGAUCUUCGCGAACUAGCGGCCGGUGGGAGGACAGGAAAUAUCAUCUACGAUUUCUACAUUGGCCGGGAGUUGAACCCCCGCGUCACUCUUCCACUCUUUGGGGAGAUCGACAUUAAGACUUGGUGCGAGAUGUAUCCUGGCUUGACUGGUUGGAUACUGCUUGAUCUUGCCUUUGUCGCCAAGCAAUAUCGCAAUUUUGGCUAUGUCUCCGACAGCAUUCUAUUGAUCACCUUCUUUCAGGGGUUCUACGUGCUCAACAGCCAUUAUAAUGAGUUAGGGCUUCUGACUAUGAUGGAUAUCACCACUGAUGGCAUGGGGUUUAUGCUCUCCUUUGGCGAUCUCGUCUGGGUGCCCUUCCUAUACUCAACACAAUGCCGUUAUUUGUCUGUCUAUCCGCUGCAGCUGGGGUGGUUGAACAUCGCAGCUGUGAGCGCCGUCUUUACCCUGGGACUGUAUAUUUUCCGGGCCGCCAACGAUCAGAAGCACAUGUUCCGCACGCACCCCAACGAUCCGAGUGUGGCAGGCCUGUCGUACAUUCAAACCAAGCGAGGAACUAGACUACUUACAGCUGGAUGGUGGGGAAUGUCACGCCACAUCAACUACUUUGGAGAUUGGCUACAAGCAUUGCCCUUCAGUCUGCCCACGGGCAUGGCAGGGUAUCUCAUCUACCCGGCAGGGAGCAUUGUGGCGGCCUCUCAGAGCUUCCAGAUGAUAGACGGGCGCAAGGUCGUCCAGGGCGAAGCCCAAGGCUGGGGAACAAUCUUCACCUACUUCUACGUGCUGUACUUUGCAAUCUUGUUGAUGCACCGGGAACGUAGAGACGAUGCUAUGUCGCCGAAACACACAUUCCGCCGCGGAUUCACCAUGAAGAUGGCGGACUUCGUCUGUCCUUCCGACACAUUCCAGGCAUGCCCUCCACAUCUACGAACCACCUUCUCUCAGGAGGACCGAUUCAGAUUUACCCCCGUCAAAGCUACCAGAGCCGCCCCCCGUCCCUGGGAACGCAAACCAUCAACCGCAUUCCGCGCCCGCGGCAAGUCGCGUAAGGUCUGGAAGCGCUUUCGCACUUCGUUUAACAGCAUGAAAGCUCUGCAGCAAUUGAUUGCGGCAGAGCGUCAUACCAUCAACACGUCGCGGAACCCCGGCCUCCGCCGCGCGGACGCCUUGGAGGACAGUUGGGAGUCCGAGGUUAAUGGACGGCGACAGAUUAUCCAGUCGAAUGGACUAACGACCCCAGGCAAACUUCCCCUAAUCUACAGUGACUUUGUCGACAUCCCCGAUGAGCCGUCGUGUGACGAUGUGAAGGACGACCAGGAAGAAGAGCUCGCGGAGGACCCUGCCGAUAUGGACGAAUCCCCCAGUCUGAUCCCGGAAACCCCCACUAAAUUGGCGUCCGACGCAGCCUAUAGCCGCUCGCUACAUGGCCUGUCGCCGCUAGUGGUUGACUUAAGAACCCGCGAGGACAUCGAACAGCCGACUGUGCAUCUGUCCGACGCAAUUGAAGACGAACCUACGACUCCGCAGGAUGAUGGCCAUGAUGAAGACACAGUUUCUACGAUGAUCGGUGAAGAGCGCACCGACGAAGAGCCGACUGUGCCUGUCGACGUAGAAACCCUAGACGAUCCGGCCGCGGCUACGGUCGCUGCACCUGUGCAGGAAUUAACGAGUGUGCAGGAGUCAACGCUCGUUCGGUCGGCACUCCGAAGCUCACUGGACGGAGAAGAUACUGAGUUGCUCAACAACUUCUUGUCCAAGGCCAAAGCUAAGCGUGAGGCCAAAGCCGCUAUGGUCGCCCAGGAGCAGGAGCCUGAAAAGAGUGAGCCUGAACCGGAGGUGCCGGUUGUUGUUGCGUCUCCCACACCGGCGCGCCGCGCGUUGGAGGACCUUGACACCAACUCGCCCUCACCGCAGAAGCCUCAGCUGUCGCCUACAAAGGAGAAAGAUGAGGCCGGUCCGCAGCCAUCUAGCCCUCGACGCAGCACUCGACCUCGCACCGUUCGCUCUACCAACCUGUUGACGACCAUUACCGCUGCAGCUGCAGUACGCAACACACUGUCACUCCGCCGUGCCAAGGGCACAGAAUUCGUCUUCUUGCAGCGCACCGAGGCCCAGGAGCUGGCCCUUACGACGCGGCGAAACACGCGACUGAAUAAGGGCAAUGCACAGGCACCGAAGUUCGUUUUGCAGGGUCUCACACGCAAGUCGCCAUCUGGGAAGAAGGCCGACACCGCCCCUUGCACAGAUAGCGACACGACAGGAGACGUCUCGGAGCGACCACACAAAACGGCAAAGAAGCAUGUGUCGUGGAACGACGAGGAACUGGUGCAGUUCGACGACGGAUCAGAGGCAGCAAAGGGCGACGAGCAUGACGUUGCGAGCCGCGGAAGCAAGGGCAAAACCCCCGAGAAAAGAAAGGCAGCCAGUAGCCGAACAACGCGGUCUCAAGUGGCGCAGAAGAGUGGUGGGGAGGAUCGCGCCGAUGCAGCGGCUACUGCAUCCGCUACUGCAACGCCUCGGACGCGGCGCGUGCGCCGGCUGGGUCCCGGAGCACCCAAAGCCGACUCGACGGCUGCAACAGCCGUCAGCAAUGUUUCCCUGUCCUCGCCGUCGUCGCCCAGCAGCGACAACAGCGCGAGCACGGCCGAGCAGCGCAAGAAGCUGACCCCCAAGUCGCCGAGGCGGGUCCCGGCGACGCCGUUGAAGCCUGCAAGCGACAGCAUCAAGACAUCACUCCGCAGCAGUAGCGCGAAGACCAACCUGCUGAAGAUCAACGCUGGGUCGACGCCAGUGCCUCGGAAGAUGCGUCCGCGCGCGUGAAUAUGAUAUUGUUGAUAUCCUCGUUUGCUUUCUCGUUUAUUUGGCGUUUCGGGUUAGUGUACAUACGGAGGAACCGAUAGGAAAGGCGUUUGGUCUGAUGGCAGUUGCAGAAUCGAAUUAC